AUGCUCUCGCCAAUCCAACGGCGUGUGCCAGCUCCAGCGCCGCUCCGCUCCAAAGUGAAGAGCCGUAAUCUGGCCGCGACUAGUAUAGUCCGGACCUCAUCUCUGCCAAUCUGCCUGUACACCAAACACUCUAAUCUGCAGACCCCUGGAACUAUCUCCUCACUGCAGGAGUCAGACAUGGCGCCCGCACUGUCCAUCAUUCUGAGAGCUGAUGCUGGGUCCUGUGGCUCCAUCGCUCUGCCUGUGAUGUCUUUAUCCAGCCUGUUUGGGACAGCUGGAGGGAUUAGCUCCUACAGCGGCGCAUGGACCAAAUCUCUGAGGAACAACAGCGAGUCGGAGGAGAGGACAGACAGAAGCAGCGGGGGAGAAGGUGUCAACGUGUGA